UUUCUGAUGAGUAACGGUCACAUGAUUCAAUUUGAACACCACUGUCCAUCAAAAAGGCACUGAGAUAGCGGUACACAUGCUGUCUCAGCAGCUCCUGCCGGUGAGAGCCCAGCUCCGCAAAGUAGCCCCAGGCCCAGUCCCCCACCGUCAGUGCCUCAAAGGUCGCCUGGAAGUCAUGUGUCCGUCGGAAGCGCUGCAACGUCUCCCUGAGGUAACCCCAGCGGCGGAUUUCUGGUGGAGGACUGAUAUUCAUCUUGUGGGUGCUGAAGCCCAGCAGUGGGUCCAACACGAGGCUGGUGGCCAGGUCAUCGAUCUCACACAGCUCUCGGACACUCAUUCUACUACACCCCUCCAUCUCCACCCUCCAUCCACAUACCUUGCGCCGUCUAACAGAGGGACAAUGGCAGAGGGCAGUGGCCAGAGACAGCAUCCUCGCAACUUGCAGGGCAUCCUGCGCAUGGCUGUAGAGGCGGGCUCCGCUUCUGAUGGACCAGCCCCCCAGCAGGCCAUGUCAGAGGAGAGGAAAGCAUGGCUGAGGGAAGCUCUCGCUGACAUCUGUAAGGGGCAGCAAGAUGAGGUGGAGCAAAUGAAGCAGUGUCUGUCUAUCUUGUGGAGAACCACAGCACGGGAAUCACAGGAGCAUAAAGAGGAGGAGGAAGAGGAGGAAACAGAGGGGGCACUGGAGCUGCUUUCAGAACUGUGUGAGAACCUGGAUAACGCUAGAGACUUGAUGGUGCUGGGUGGCUUGGAUCUGUGCGUGUCUCGGUGCCUGUCACAUGCCCAGGGUGGGAUCAGGUGGAGGGCCGCUCAGCUUUUAGCUUCCUGUGCCCAGAACAUGGCCGAGGUGCAGUGCUACUUACUCCGCCAGGGCACCUUGGCAACGCUGCUGCAGCUCAUAGACUGUGACCCCCACCCUACCGUCAAAGUGAAGGCGCUGUACGCUGUGUCCUGUCUGGUCCGGGAACAGGAAGAAGGUCUGCGUGUCUUCCUAUCACAUGACGGCUUCUCUGUGCUGAUGAGAGGGAUGCAGUCAGACAGCGAGAAGCUGAGGACCAAGUCUGCAUUCCUGCUGCUGAACCUGUUGAGUGCACACCCGGAGCACAGAGAUGCAGUCCUCUCCAUGGGCAUGGUGCAGCAGCUGGUGUCAGUCCUGCGGUCCCCACACUCCUCUUUCCUUGAGCAUGUGCUGGGCGUGCUGUGCUGCCUGGUGGAUGGGAGCGACCGGGGAGUGAGCGAUUGCCGGGACCCUGCUCUCGGCCUGGAGGAGCUGCUGAAGCACAGAGCACUGGAGCUGAAGGGCAAAGAGGAGUGCCAGGAGGAGCUGGCUGAUACUGGAGCUCUGCAAUUAUGCUGCCAUCUCCACUAUCGUGCCACCGGAAGUCCCGUAGUGACAAUAAGUCUGUGGUCAGAAUUCACAAACUGGGCACUUCUGUAGACCCUGCAGUUCUGCAGGAGCCUCCAACGUCUGCCCAUGAGGAGGUGAAUGAUCUCCUUCGCUGCACCUCCAGUACUGCAGCACUAAGUCCAACGGUGCGGCUCAGGGUGUUGGAACUAGUAUCCAGCGACUUGCAGCCCCUGACCUUUUGCAAAGUCAAGGAACAUGGGGCCACUGUCAGUGCCACUUGUCACAUUGAAGUCACCCAUGACCAGAGGAGUGUCACCUCGUGGGUACCCUUCAACCACCAAGCAAAGAUGUGAGUAAAAUGUCUCCCUCAGCGAGACAUCACUCACCGCGGUCAGAGCAUACACUGAGACAACAGACAAGACACCCAAGGAGUGCCUUAGCCUGAGUCUCAUAAUACGCUCGUUGAAAGGAGCGACGUCAGACACCAUCGGAAGGAGCCGAUCCAUUACGGCAACAGCUACUCUCUGAGUAUGGCAGCCAUCAGUCCGACUAGACCAAAAGUAGGUAUACACACCUACAGAGAUCUGGCCAAUCCCCGGUCUGCGUACCUCAGAGUGCAUUGCCACCGAAACGCGGAGUUUACGAAGCUCCCCCGACAGCAGAGGAAGAUGGACAUUCCACGCACCCACCCGGAUAGGUUGCCUCAAACUGCGACCCAAGCGCCUCCAUGCAGCAGGCGACACCUCAGCAUCACACCAGCCCUGAUCCCCAAUAGGCCUGACCCUAUUACCUCUCCGACGGUUUCGACUCAUCUAGGGAUGACCAACUCUAGGCUGCCCUGCGCUGCCUAGCUGAGCAGCAGAACGACACGGAGAAAGCACAGGAUGGACUUGACAGCUGACACCUUAAGAGUGAUGGCUGUUGGAGUUGUGGGAUAUGGCCACUUAGGUUGGUGUCUCAUAAGUGUACCUUCCCUUUGGAACUUUAAGGGCACAUUCGAAGCAGCUCUCAGGCUUUUCCCUCUGGCGGUUCUUGUGGUGAACAGCUGUCUCCUGCUCCCAGGACAGUACCUAGUGGAAAGGAUCCAGAAGGAGGGUCACAGCUU